AUGGAGGCGCGGAUGACGGGGAGAGCUCUGCUUGCGAGCUUCGCGCUCGCCGCGUUGGCCGCGCAGGCCUUCGUGGUCGUGGUCGAGUCCAGGGCCAGCCCCACGGAGAAGGCAAGCCAAGGCGACGACGUGAAGAAGCCGGACUGCGUGCCGGGGAUGGACCCGCGCUCGUUCCCGGGGAUCGGCGGCGGCAUCACGCCCGUGACGCCGUCGCACGGAGGCUCCACCGGGACGCCGUCCCACGGCGGCGGCAGCGGCGGGUACGUGCCAACGCCGUCGCACGGCGGGACGACGCUGCCUUCCCCGUCCCACGGCGGCUUCGGCUCCUCUCCGACGUCGCCCUCCACCGGCGGCGGCUACGGCGGGUCCCCGUCCCACGGCGGCCCGUCCCACGGCGGCGGCGCGUACGGUGGGUCUCCGUCCACCCCCAGCGGCGGUGGUGGCGCCUACGGAGGCGGGUCUCCCUCACCGGCCCAUGGUGGCGGUGGCGCCUACGGAGCUCCCCGACGCCCGCGUACGGCGGUGACUCCCCCUCGCACGGCGGCGGCAUCGGGACCUCGUCGCCGACGCCGUUCGUCGCCGUGGACCCCCACAGCUUCGGCUCCCUCCCGGGCUCCUGCGAGUAAGCCACUGCUCCUUCAUGACGCGUCGGCGUCGCCAUGCAUGCACGCACUUUCCAAGUUUUGGUCAGCACAUGCAGUCACUGACAAAAAGUUGUUGUGUACUCUGCAUGCAACGUCCACCAGCUACUGGAGGUCGCACCCGAUGGAGAUCUGGUCGGCGAUCGGCGGCCGGUUCCCGAGCACGUCGCCGUCGACGAUGGGCCACUUCUUCGGCGCGGCGGGCAGCGUGGGCGGGUCGGACGUGAGCAUCCAGGACGCGCUGGCCAACACGCGGUCCGACGGCACCGGCGCGCUGCUGCGCGAGGGCGCCGCCGCGCUGCUCAACUCCAUGACCCGUGCCGGCUUCCCCUACACGACGGAGCAGGUCCGCGACGCCUUCGCCGCGGCGGCCGUGGGCGGGUCCGACGGCGCCGCCGCUGCGCAGGCGGCCGCCUUCAGGAAGGCCAACGAUGGGAAGGCGUAG